AUGUCUUCCUACGAAUUGCUAGAUCAAGCUGAAGAAGAUACGCUACACAAGUCCCGCCUCCUCAACGUCGAAGAGAAACCCUUCAAGCGCAUUACAAAACGUCUCCUCUCCUCCGCUUCCCUCAUAUCCACCCCAAUAACUCUACCCCCAACACCACCACCCGAUGCCUCAGCCGCAGAUGAAGCAGCAGCGGCGCAUGAGAUCGAGAAUCAACAGCAACUCGACGAGCGCCGCCAAUGGCGCGAAGAUACGCUCUUAGACUUCGCCGCUUUCGAAAGCAGCAUCAUACGCAUACAGUUCCUCCUGACGAGCAACGUCAGAGAACGCGAGCGAUAUGCUGCUGAGAAGCUGAAGAUACAAGCCACGGCGCAAGCGGUCCGAGACAACACCGCCGAUCUACGAGUGCAGCUAGAAGAUGCACAACGAACGCUCGGGUUACGAAAGGAAUACGAUGACUUGGCUGAAAAAAUCACAAGCAACCGCCUGCUACGGCCGAGAGAAGAUCAGCACGCCAAUCUCGCCAAGCUGAACGCAGAAAUCGCGGACCUGGAGACGGAGAGUCAGGAGUAUGCGCAAACAUGGUCGGAGAGGCGGCAGCAGUUUGGGAGGAUCAUCGAGGAGGGCAUGCAGCUUAGGCGAUUGAUCAGAGAUGAGAAGGAAGAGGUAGAGAGGAGGGAGGGCAUGGAGGAGAGAGAGGAUGGAGAUGACGAUCAGAGGGGGAGGAGCAGUGGUGGUGGUACGCCUCAUCAUGAGACUGGUGGGACAACACCGAUGCAUGGGACGAAUCAGGACCAAGAGGUCGGCACUCCCGGGGGACUGUCAGUCGAAAGGGAUCCUUCGGGACGGGGCAAGUCGCCUUUACGGAGCUCGCAGAAUGCGGAUGAGAUGGCGGAGGAAAGGGUUGACGGCCCAGCGGUAGAGGAUGAAGAAAUGGCAGAGGAUGGCGAGCUGGCUGCUGAGCCCGAACAUGUCGUUGCAGCACCGGUUGAAGGCCUAAUCGCUGAGGAUGGGAAAGAGGAAGGUGAACAGGAUGAUGAGCAAACGGAGACGCAGCGGACAGAGCAAAUGGAUACUUCGUAG